AUGCCUCGGGAACACAAGACCAAGGCCAAUCUGUUGGCCCUUUAUUGUUUAAUAGAUUUCUUUUCGAUUUCUCUUGUCCAGGCCAGACCGGCGCCCUUUGGCCAGCCUCCAAGCAUCGAAUCUCCACAAGAUCCAUUGAGACGUGAUGCAACAGCUGAGCUGGUCAAGAAGCUUCGCCUGGAAGACACCGGCAUCGGUGUUCCAGCCCUGAAAGCACGACAGGGUCCUGAUGAAAUUGUAUCGGGGAACUCAGGAUAUUCACUGACCGGUAACAACUUUGAGGGAUCAUCUGGUCCUGGAAUAACGGUGACGACCUUUGGAGGCGGCAACCAGUGCGAAAACGGAUCAGGUGGUCCUGUGCUGCUGGAAAUGACGCAGGUUCGAAUGCCGGCGCAGGUUCGAAUGCCGGCGCAGGCUCGAAUGCCGGAGCAGGGUCGGAUGCUGGCGCAGGGUCGGAUGCAGAUGCGAACGCCGGCUCAAAUGCUGGCGCUGGCUCAGAUGCCGACGCGGGCUCAAAUGCAGAUGCGGACGCCGGCUCAGAUGCUGGCGCAGGCUCAAAUGCUGGCGCAGGCUCAGAUGCUGGCGCAGGCUCAAAUGCAGAUGCGGACGCCGGCUCAGAUGCUGGCGCUGGCUCAAAUGCUGGCGCAGGCUCAGAUGCUGACGCAGGCUCAAAUGCAGAUGCGGACGCCGGCUCAGAUGCUGGCGCUGGCUCAAAUGCUGGCGCUGGCUCAGAUGCUGACGCAGGCUCAAAUGCAGAUGCGGACGCCGGCUCAAAUGCUGGCGCUGGCUCAGAUGCUGGCGCAGGCUCAGAUGCUGGCGCAGGCUCAGAUGCUGACGCCGGCUCAGAUGCAGAUGCGGACGCCGGCUCAAAUGCUGGCGCAGGCUCAGAUGCUGGCGCAGGCUCAGAUGCUGGCGCAGGCUCAGAUGCUGACGCCGGCUCAGAUGCAGAUGCGGACGCCGGCUCAAAUGCAGAUGCGGACGCCGGCUCAAAUGCUGGCGCUGGCUCAGAUGCUGGCGCUGGCUCAGAUGCCGACGCAGGCUCAAAUGCAGAUGCGGACGCCGGCUCAAGUGCUGGCGCAAACUCAAACUCCAACAACGGCUCGGAUGCUGGCUCAGGAUCUAGCUCGGAAUCUGGCUCAGGAUCUAGCUCGUCUGGCUCAGGAUCUGGCUCGCAAUCUGGCUCAGGAUCUGCCUCGUCUUCCGGGGGAUCUGAUUCUGGCUCCAGCUCCAGCUCCAGCUCUAGCUCCAGCUCCAGUUCCGGCGCCGCUUAGCGUGCUGGCCCCGCUGUGGCCCGCUCGGCUCAUCGCAACUUCGUGA